AUGCCCGCUCUCAAUUCAAAAGAAAAAAGCAAAAGAUUAACCACCAAUCUGGUCAUUCUUGGCCUCACUCAGCCAAGUGAUUGUGUACUUCCAAGAAAGUACAGACACUUCAGUCAGCUGCAGCUUGAUCUUUUCGGGGAACAACAUAGUCUGGUCAUUCCGGAGCAGCAGCCUCCUCAUGUGGAGAAAGAUCUGUUUCCAGGUUUGAGCCUGGCAUUUUCCAAAAGGAAGUGUGCAAAUGGUGAUAUCCAGGCUCAAGUACGUUUUGUGUCAGAUCGUCUGAGUGAAUUGUCCAGAAGCGACUCUGACUCUUCAGAUGCUACAUUUCACUCUUGCUCUUCAGAAACUCCCACCGAGCCACAAGAGCCACCACAGAGAGAUGAUGACGAGGAACCACCUCGGAAGAUCAGAAAGAAGCUCAACUACCGGGUCGCCAUGAAGCUCUACAACAUCAAGAGAAUUCAUGAAGAGGCGAAGAAGAAGUAUUUGGCUUCCUUGGAAGCCAGCCAGUCUGAGGUAGAAAUUGAGCAGUCCGAGGAAGAGAACAAGCAGCCUAAGGAGGAGCAGUCUGAAACAGACGAGGUAGAGGAAGCCUCUGAGGAUCUCUGCUUACGCCGUUUUCCUUCCAACAGAGCCUUUGAAAAAGUUGAUAAGAGCUCUCCAAUUGAGCCUGCGGAACUUCCAGACGACCUCUUUGAGGACGACUUGUUUGAGGGUAACUCAAAUGGCGAAGUUAACGAGGACAUCGAGGAUAUCUCCGAAGACGAUUCCGAGGACAGCUCAGAUGAGGAUUCAGAAACUGAAGAGGAUCUUCCAGAACCCAUUGCAGCCAUUCGUAGGCACCAGCAGACAUACGUACACUCGAACUACGACCUCAAUCGGUUGAACAUCCUCGCAAAGAAUGUCCAGAAACCAGAGGUGUUCAAAAGACUGCCGACGAAAACCCGUUUUUCCGACGACGAGUCAGACGAGGAGAUUGUGUUUUCCAUUGACUUUGAAAAAGAGGAAGCUCCAAGUGACGUUGUUUCUUGUCCAGGCAAUUACUCCAUCAUUUCGCAGCCACUACUCAAACCACAGCAGAAGACUUAUGGGGUCAAGAAGCGCAUUGUCACCGAGGACCUCGACCUCAAAAUGCCAACUUCGCAAGUGGAGCUUGAAAUCGAGCGUCUUUUCAUUGCCACCGAUUUCGAACACCAAUGCUACUCAGACGAGGACUACUACAUUGAGAUUGACAGCUUGAUCACCCGUUUCUGCGGUCUCUACCGUGUGGCUGGACAAUGUAUCAACGAAACAGUUGCUCGCUGGUUUGUCCAAAUAAACAACAUCUACCAUGGCAUUCGUGUGGAUAUUGAGGAAAACACCAAGCUUGUCAACGGUCUCAUCAAUGUGCUCGAGUGCAAGUAUGCUGAGGACGAAAAACUCGUUGUCGAUAUCAAGCAACUCGAAAACCUCGUGACCAAGUACCUGGAGCUCGAGCAGAAAGUGAAGGCACUUCGCCAGGUUGGAAUCGUGGAGCGUUUUGUGGAUAGACACAGCUUCUCACUUAAUAUCCAGCAACGACUUGAGGAACUUUUCCAGGAGUUUUGCCGGGUCCACAUGGAGCAGCUUGAAAUUGAUGAUGAGGAAGAAGCCACUUUUCUUCUUCACAAGCAUGUGUACGACGAGGCCUGUUUGUUGCAGGAUAGCAUGAAGGAGGAGGACUGUUUGGCGGCUUUUGAGGAGUACCGUCUUGAGUUGGAGCGGUCUUCGAGGUACUUCGGUGAUCUUCUCCUUCUCUUUUUGGAGGCCUACGAGUGGCGGGGUCAGCAGGUAACCGAGCUGUCCCAGUAG